AGUUAACUAGCAGUAAAAAAAGUAAUAAGCUCCAACUUUAUCAAUGAUGUAUAUUAGGACAUCAAUACUUAGAACAGUGAUAUUAAUCUGUAGAGGGCCAUUCUGCUUAGAGUACUUUCCUUUUGGUUCUUUAAUUAUAUUGUGUUGCUAUUAAUGAUGUAUUUUUACUGUAGAAUGUCAAAGUAGUAUGCAGGACUUUAUCUUGUAACAGAAGAUUUAAAUACAUAAGUAUUGCUACUUCGACUAAUGUAUUGCACAAUACAUCUUCCACCAAUGUGGUCCACGGAAAUCUCUCCAUCAGAAGAAACCAACAUAACCUAUGCCACAGUAUCUUUGGAAAGUUAGUGAUACAAAAUGAGUAUGUUCUUCUUAAUUUUAUGGUUAAGGUAAAAGCAGUGGUCGUCAAACCUGGAAUAAAGCAGGUAAACACAGAGACUGCAUAAUUAUGGCAUACAUAAUGUUCCUUUUGUAUUUUAAAAUUGCUCAUGUGGAAACCCUAAUUGCUAUAGAUGCCCAAUGUGUUUUAUUCCCAUUUGGGUUAAUGGCCAAAUGGUGCAGGACACCUACAUAAUUAACAAAUCAAUCAAUCAAAUAUAUUGAAAAGCAUAUUAUAACUUAGUUAGAUGACAUUAUAAGCUAAACAAAAUGGUUCCCAACAUUGGGGUCAUCAUCCAAUAAGGGGUGGUAAAAGGAUUACUGUACUCUACUGUACUGGAGGAGUUGUUGUUACUUAGUUCAGAGCUUAGUUCAAACAUGUUUCUGUUGCUUUUUUAUAACAGCAAUACAUUUGGACUGUGAAGAGCCACUGUGACUCAAUCUGAAAGAAAUGUAACAUGUACUUUGUUUUGAGGUAGUAAAAGUGUAUCACAGAAAUAUCUUAGACCACUAGGUGAUGUACUCAACAGCUGUUAAAGCAGUGCUGACACUUGGGACCUGGAUAAUUAGAAGAGUUUAAAAAAGCUUUGUGUCGACCUCUAGUGGUUAGAAAAAAGCAUUAAGCAUUCCUGACCGGGGAAGAGCUGGUAGCUAUUUUUAACACAAACAUUGCACUGACAUGCACCUGUCAUAUGUACACUGGAAUUUUUUCACUUCCUUUUGCUAUUAUAUUAAUAUAUUUUCCUUGAACAGUGGUUAGUCCUGUCUUCAAUUGGAGUUCCCUGCACAUGAUUCUUUCCAUUGCAAGGAAAUUGAACAGGCCUCAGGCAAGCAGGUAAGCAGGUCCGGUAGGUGUUUCUGAUCAGGACUUGUCUGACAGGCAUGUGCUCCUCAAGGAAAACGAGUAGAAGUAUGUCUGACACUGCACUGAAGGAGGUUAAACGUUCAGUAGCGGAACAUGUAUCUACAUUUGAGAGCAGACAUGGUGAUCAGUCAGAGGUCUAUGAGGUCAAAAAAGCUGUUUGGUGCAAAUUCCACCCAUCUUGCACCCUGCCUUAAUUAAAAGAUUAACACAUUUUAAAAGAUUUUAAGAUUUACCCAAAUGAUGCUGUGUGUACUUUUAUACAGUCGGAUAAUUAAAAGCUGCAGAGUAAUGACGACACUCGGAAAUUCUGAAUGGCUCAUUCAAUCAUUGCAUCACUUCCAAUAAUUCCUCUACAAUGAUCACACAUCAGGGAGGAGGAAAUGGACCAUGUACCUGUCUUCCAAACAGGUUCUGACAUCAGUUCCUUUAAUUGCAACUUCCUCCUCCUGUAAACCAAUUUGUGUGCAUGACUCUGUGUGUGUGUUCAACCUGUGCUGUACCUGCUAAGAAAUCCCCCUCACUCCACUAUAAGAGGAGACAGGAUGGAGUCACAGAGGCACCUCACUCCCAGGACUCUUCCUCUGAGAAACACACACACAGCUCCCCCUCCAGACUCAAAAUGAUGAAGAUGCUGCUCGCCCGCUCUCUCUGCCUGCUCCUCCUGCUCAGCUGUCUGAGUGAACCUGUGGAGAGCCGGACCCUCAACCUGAACAGCUGCUCUGUCAGUGUUCACACAACCGAGCUGCGAACCCAUUACACUGACAUCCGAUCUAAUGCGAUAGAAGGAGACAGUGAGAUCGGAGUAAGACUUCUGAACAAAUCGUUGAUGAAACAAGUUCAGGACGGUCAGAAGUGCUGUUUGCUGCGUCUCGUGCUGCGUUUCUACGUAGAGAGAGUGUUCAGUAACUACGCCUCUUCUCAGCCCCAGCAGCAGCGCCACACCAGCGCUCUGGCCAACUCCUUUGUCAGCAUCAGGAAAGAGAUACAUAAAUGUCACUGCCAAUGUGUCGAGGACACGCAGAGAAAAAUUGACACUGUGCAUGCUGAGUUUAUCAAGCUGGAAAUAAGCCAGGCGGCGAAGAAGGCUGUGGGAGAACUGGACACUGUGCUGGAGUGGAUGGAGGGACUCGUCCUGAAAACACGAGCAUAAUCAGACAGAAGCUCAGCAAAAUCAACACUGACGUCCCAGAGAGCUGAUGAAUCCCCACGCUAACACCAAAGUGUGAUGUUACAAAAUGUAACUCCUGACAUUUCUUUUAUGCGCUUUUUUUGCCAUUGUACAUUUCUCUAUGUUGUACUUGAAUUAACUUAAAGUCUAUGUCAUCCACUGAGAUGUGGACCGUUUUUUAUACAAUAUUUAUAUUUUACAUGAAUGUAACAUGAACAUUAAUGUAUAUGAAUUUAAAUGUAUUUUUUAUAUAGAGCUGUUAAGGUAUUGUAUGUGUGCUUCUACUGUACUGCAAGGUUAUUAUGCAUGAUUAAGAAAUAAUGUGCUAUUUUUUCAUUUAAACAUUGGUUUUAUUAAGACUUCAAUAAAAAAAUAUAAUCGUA